AUGCUUUCCAGCGACAUCCAGCCUGUGGAGCCCCUCCUCUCCGGCAAUCUCACAUUGCCUGCCCUUGCCAGCAACAUUAGGUCCGGUGACCUUAGGCUCGCUGCUUCUAUUGCUCAAAUUUACAAACCCUAUGUCUUAUUAAGUGCCAAUGUGUUAAGAGGAGAGUUCCUUCAUGGAGGUGCAACUCUUGAUUGUUGCUUUCAUGAUGAUACCUCUGGUUUUAGUGUUAGUGCAUAUAACACUGUCACAAGGGAGAAUCUUUUGGGAUGCCAUGAUGCCCCUGUUCGCUGUAUCGAGUACUCUUCUGCAUUAGGUUAG